AUGGACAGAAAACGUGGAAGUUUAGUUCCUGCAGUCCAUAAAGCAGUUGAGGACAGUCUUCGUGCCAACAGUGUUACUGUAGAAGAGAAUGAAACAGAAAGAGAGACGCAGAGAAAGAAAAGAAGAAAGAAGCAAAGAAGUACUAGUUCUGAUGGAGCCGCUCCGUUGAACUCAGCUCCUCGACAUGUUCAGAAAUUUGAUUGGAAGGAUAUGCUCCAUUUGGCAGAUAUUUCUGGGAGAAAGAGAGGAAAUUCUACUGCGAGUCAUUCCGGACAUGCAACGAGAGCUGGAUCUUUGAAAGGAAAAAACUGGAUAGAAUGUCGUUUAAAAAUGAGACAAUGUUCAUAUUUCGUCCCUUCUCAACGCUUUUCGGAACGAUGUGGAUGUGGAAAAGAAAAAUCGAAACAUCCAGAAGCAGUAAUUGAGAGAAGUCAAGGAAAAGGUCAUCCGGUUAACCAUUUGACACUGCCUGGAAUCCAAGAAGUUGAUACAACUGAUGUUGAUGGAGAUGAAAAUGAAGUGAAUCUUUCUCCCGGUCGGUGGUCUAUUCAAUCUCAUACAGAAGUUAUUCCAACUGAUUCUUAUGGAAAUAUUGUCUUUGAAGGAACCGCCCAUCAUGCUCAAUAUGCUCGUGUCAGUUUUGACUCUGAUCCUAGAGAUAUUGUCCAUUUAAUGAUGAAAGUUUGGAAAUUGAAACCACCGAAGUUGAUCAUAACAAUCAAUGGAGGACUGACUAAGUUCGAUCUGCAACCGAAAUUGGCAAGAACGUUCCGAAAAGGAAUCAUGAAAAUAGCAAAGUCCACAGAUGCAUGGAUCAUCACUUCUGGGUUGGAUGAAGGCGUCGUGAGGCAUUUGGAUUCUGCGUUGCAUGAUCAAGGAACACAUCACGCAGCGAAGAAACACGUGGCAAUUGGAAUCGCUUCGUGGGGAAUGUUGAAGCAGAGAAAUCGUUUCGUUGGAAAGGAUUCAACAGUGACUUAUGCGACGAAUGUAUUCAAUAAUACAAGACUGAAAGAACUCAAUGAUAAUCAUUCGUACUUCUUGUUUUCGGACAAUGGAACUGUUAAUCGAUAUGGUGCUGAAAUCAUUCUCCGUAAACGAUUAGAAGCAUAUCUGGCUCAGGGAGACAAGAAAAGAAGUGCAAUUCCAUUGAUUUGUGUCGUGUUGGAAGGAGGAGCAUUCACGAUUAAAAUGGUUCAUGAUUAUGUCAUGACAUUUUUGUCCGAUAAUAUCAGAAACCAAUUGGUGAAUAUUGUUCGACGAAUCUUUGGAUACGAUCCGAAAACUGCUCAAAAAUUGAUAAAACAGAUUGUGGAAUGUACAACAAACAAGACUUUGAUGACAGUAUUCCGUUUCGGUGAAUCAUCUCGAGAAGAUUUGGAUCAUGCAAUCAUGUCAUGUCUUCUGAAAGGUCAAAAUCUCUCUCCACCAGAACAACUUCAAUUGGCUCUCGCAUGGAAUAGAGCUGAUAUCGCAAGAACUGAAAUAUUCGCAAAUGGAACAGAAUGGACAACGCAAGAUUUGCAUAACGCAAUGAUUGAAGCACUUUCAAAUGAUCGUAUCGACUUCGUUCAUUUACUUCUCGAAAACGGAGUUUCAAUGCAGAAAUUCUUGACGUACGGACGGUUGGAGCAUCUUUACAAUACAGAGAAAGGACCACAGAACACGUUGAGAACAAACCUUUUAGUUGAUUCGAAACAUCAUAUCAAGCUGGUUGAAAUUGGAAGAUUGGUGGAGGAUUUGAUGGGAAAUCUGUACAAAUCAAACUAUACAAAAGAAGAAUUCAAGAAUCAAUACUUUUUAUUCAACAAUCGGAAACAGUUCGGAAAACGCGUUGCUAACGGUAAUGGAGGUCGAAACGACGUCGUCGGACCAUCUGGAGAUGCUGGAAGAGAACGAAUGUCAUCAAUGCAAAUCAGCUUGAUUAAUAAUGCAAGAAACUCUAUUAUCUCUCUUUUUGGAGGAGCUGGAAGAAAGAAGGAUUCAGAUGAUGAAGAUGAGUUUUCGAAUCUGGAAGAAGAGGCGAAUAUGGACUUCACAUUCCGUUAUCCGUACAGUGAUUUAAUGAUUUGGGCGGUGUUGACAAAAAGACAAAAAAUGGCAAAAUUGAUGUGGACUCAUGGAGAGGAGGGAAUGGCGAAAGCAUUAGUUGCUAGCCGUUUGUACAUGUCAUUAGCAAAAACAGCUUCGUUGGCGACUGGAGAAAUUGGAUUGAGUCAAGAUUUCACAGAGUUUAGCGAACAAUUCUCUGAGUUAGCCGUAGAAGUUUUGGAAUACUGCACUAAACACGGACGAGAUCAAACUCUUCGUUUACUGACAUGCGAAUUGACAAAUUGGGGAGAUGAAACAUGUCUCUCGCUGGCUGCAAAUAAUGGACACAGGAAGUUUUUAGCCCAUCCAUGUUGUCAAAUGCUUCUUUCUGAUCUUUGGCAAGGUGGUCUUCUCAUGAAAAAUAAUCAGAAUUCGAAAGUAUUGGCCUGUUUGACAGUCCCUCCACUCAUAUUUCUGCUGGGAUUCAAAACGAAAGAACAGUUGAUGCUUCAACCAAAAACUGCAGCAGAACAUGACGAAGAAAUGUCAGAUUCUGAAAUGAGUGCUGAAGAAACAGAGUCUUCAACUGAUACUUCAUCAGAUUCGGAUGAUUCUGAUAAUGAAGGAGAUAAAGGAAGAGCUCAGAGUCUCGGAGCAGAUCAGCCAUUGAGUAUUCAAAGACUUGUCCGUGAUAAAUUGAACUUCUCUGAAAAAAAGAAAAACGAAAUGGGAAUCAGUCGAAUCGUAGUGGCUCCUCCUAUUGUCACCGGAAGAAAUCGUUCCAGAACCAUGUCGAUAAAGAAAUCGAAGAAGAAUGUGAUUAAACCGCCGGCGUGUUUGAAGAUUGAAACAUCAGAUGACGAUGAACAUGAACAGAAAAAAGCUACGGAAAUGUAUAUCAACAGAACAGCAAAACGUGGAUCCGUAGCUAUUGCUUUGAAUCAUGAUGAUAUGUAUAUGGAUCCAAGUGAGGACAUGGAAACAGAAGCUCGAUUGAAAUCAUCGAGAGAAUACUCUACUUCUCGAAAUGAAACAGUCCAUGUCUAUACGCAACGUCCGUUGUCAUGGAAAAAGAAAAUAAUGGAGUUUUACAAAGCUCCAAUCACAACUUAUUGGUUAUGGUUCUUCGCUUUCGUUCUAUUUUUAAUUUUACUAACUUAUAAUUUACUGGUAAAAACUCAAAGAGUUGCAAGUUGGUCGGAGUGGUAUGUAUUUGCUUAUAUCUUCGUCUGGACACUGGAAAUGGGUCGGAAAGUAGUGUCAACUAUAAUGAUGGAUACAUCUAAACCAGUUCUAAAACAACUACGAGUUUUCUUUUUUCAAUAUCGAAAUGGACUGUUGGCAUUCGGAUUAUUGACUUAUUUGAUUGCAUAUUUUAUUCGAUUGAGUCCCACUACAAAAACACUUGGAAGAAUUCUAAUAAUCUGUAAUUCUGUUAUUUGGUCUCUCAAAUUAGUUGAUUAUUUAUCAGUUCUACAAGGCCUCGGACCCUACAUCAAUAUUGUUGCAGAAAUGAUUCCAUCAAUGAUUCCUCUAUGUGUUCUUGUGUUUAUCACUCUAUAUUCAUUCGGUUUACUCCGUCAAAGUAUAACAUAUCCGUACGAGGAUUGGCACUGGAUUCUUGUCCGAAACAUCUUCUUGCAACCAUAUUUCAUGCUUUACGGAGAAGUUUAUGCAGCUGAAAUCGACACUUGUGGAGAUGAGAUCUGGCAUACUCACGAGGAUGAAAAUAUUCCGAUUAGCAUGUUGAAUGUAACUCACGAGACAUGUGUUCCUGGAUAUUGGAUUGCUCCAGUCGGUCUCACUGUGUUCAUGUUGGCUACUAAUGUUCUUCUAAUGAAUGUAAUGGUUGCCGGAUGCACUUAUAUUUUCGAAAAGCACAUUGAAUCGACUCGUGAAAUUUUCCUAUUCGAAAGAUACGGACAAGUAAUGGAAUAUGAAUCAACUCCGUGGCUUCCUCCUCCGUUUACAAUAAUUUAUCACAUCAUUUGGGUCAUUAAACUUAUAAGAUACAGUAGUAGAAUGUUUGAAAGAAAGAAUCUAUUCGAUCAGAGUUUGAAACUAUUCCUCUCACCGGAUGAAAUGGAAAAAGUACAUACAUUCGAGGAAGAAAGUGUGGAGGAUAUGAAACGAGAAACAGAAAAGAAGAAUCUGAGUUCGAAUGACGAGAGAAUUCAUCGAACUGCAGAGAGAACUGACGUCAUUUUACAUAGAGUUGCUCAUUUGACACAAAUGGAAUUCUCGUUGAAAGAAGAGAUCAGAGAGUUGGAACACAAAAUGAAGACGAUGGAUACAAGACAUAAAGAUCAAAUGAACAUAAUGUUAGACAUGAGCAAGAAAUUGAACAAGUUUGUAAGUGGAAAAUAUAAACGUGGAUCAUUUGGAGGAAGUGGAAGUGAUGGAGGAGGUGGAAAUGUAUCAUCAGAUCACUCCCCGAUUGAAAAAAAGAACCGUUUGCCAAUGAUAACAAUCGACGGUCCAACUCCGAUCAAUUCAAGAAGAUCAUCAGGUCAAUAUUUGAAAAGAGAUUCACUUCAGAUGAAGAAAAAAUCAAUGGAACAAUCAAAGAUCCCCUCGAUUCAGUUAGAAGUUUCCGACGUCACAGAACAUGAAGACGACGAUAACGAAUCUGCGGUUGAAUACGUGGAAUACAGUAUUCCAGUACCUCAAAUGAGAGUUCGUCAUGUCACGGAUAGUGAUAAAUCAGAUCUUUCAGAAGAUGAUUUGUUGACGAGAGAAGUUGAACCACCCACUAGCAUGAAUUUGCCUCGUGGACCACGUCGUCAUGCUCUCUACUCCACAAUUGCAGAUGCAAUUGAAACGGAAGAUGAUUACUAUGCUGACAGCCCAGUUCCUAUGCCUAUGACUCCAAUUCAACCAGACGAUGGCUCAUAUUUCGGAGAGACGGAUUCGAGAUACCCGAGAGAUGAAAGUGAUUUCGAGUAG